UCCCGGAGGUGCCUGAAUCGCCGAAACACAACAAUGAGAUUCGUUCGGACGGCCGUGCCCGUGAUUCUGGUGGUCAGUCUGUGCCUGGAGAGCUGCAGGGCCAGGCGGUCUGCUGACCUGUUCUGUGGAGCUUGCCGAGCCCUGGUUGACGAAUUAGACUGGGAGAUCUCUCAGGUGGAUCCCACGAAGGUGAUCGAGACAGGAUCCUACUUCCUGGACGAGGACGGGAAUCCCGUGGCCACUACGAUUCCCUACGCCCGGUCGGAGUUGUUCCUGAUUGAGCUGCUGGAACGGGUGUGUGGACACAUGAAGGAAUAUGGUGAAUACACUGACCCAGACACACACCGACACAGUUACGUGCGAGUGUUAACCCGAGAUGGAGAUAGGACUGACCCCCCUCACACUCAGUUCACUGAGGACAUUACCUCCAGGUUAAAACAAGCAUGUGAGAAACUGGCUGAGGAGUACGAGGAAGAAUUCCUGGAAUUUUUCUCCCAUGAGUCCAGCGACGUGAAGGACCGACUGUGCAGCAAGCGAACAGACCUGUGUGACCACCCACUGCACGCCCACCACGAUGAACUGUGAAGACCUGGACCCCCUCUCGCUGCCCCCCCCUCCUCCUCUGCCAGAGAGGGUGUGUGGGGGGGGGGGGGGGGGGCUGGAAAUCGCUAAGUCGUGUUGUCCCGGGGUAAGGUCCACCCCCGACAUGGGAAGGGGAGGUGGGAAUAAAGGACGACAGGGCGCACUCUGACUCUCGGGACCAACCCCCUCGAGCGAAAACUCCCUUUAAAACGAGAAAGCACUUCCCCCCCCUCCCCCACCCCAUUCCAACAAGACGGACCCCCUCCCCUCCCCUCCUCCCACUCAGGAAGCUACCUAACGCUGACAUUUCUCAGCUCCUUCGCUCUGUGGGCUUUGCUGAUCUGUCUCGCGCCCACGAAUAAACGGGAAUGAAGUACUGGGAGUCUGUGCGAUUAACGGUGCCACCUCCCCCCCACGCCAGCUGACCCCCCCUCUCAGCUACUGGGAGUGAGGAAAACCAGGGGCAGGAGUUAAUGGAAGGGCUCACUGCUGAAACAUCGCCAGCUCCCGUCCCUCGGAUGCUCCCUGACCUGCUAGGUUUUACCCAGCUCCACGCACUUGCCAAUCUUGACCCUCCAGCAUCUGCAGUCCUCACCCUCUCUGGACCCUGGGGAGCGUUGCUGAACAUAGAGACCUG